CCUCGUCCUACCUCGGAAUUCCACUGCUUUCACAAUUGAUACCCGCUCGCUUGUAUACCUGUCAUCUUAUGGACAAACAUGAAGACUCAGGGAACGAUAAAGAGCACAAGUGCUGUGGCGUCAUGGAGGAAGCUGUCGCACAUUCGAGAGCAAAGAGAGAGAAGAGACGGCAGAAGCCUAUGCCAUGGAUCGUCCUCAAGCUCGCCAUCGUGAUAACCUUGGGCAUCAUUGCAUACGCGUUCUAUGUGUACAUCGGAAGACUGUGCGUGCCGAUGAUUAAGCGACACAAGCAUAUGUUGGGUGGAAGGGGCAUGGGAGUCGCCUUCCUCGUUGUGUUCUGCGUGCUGGGUCUUAUGAUGCUGUGGUCGUAUAUGAAGGUCGUGCUGACUUCGCCUGGCUUGGCUAAGCAAUAUGUGCAACCGUCGCCACGACCGGUAUUUGACAACGCUGUGCCGACUUGGUGGGAUUCCACAAGAGACCUUAUGGGCGCCUCUUACCAAUAUGUUCCACCCCAGCAAACACAAAUGAAUGGGACACAAUACGAUUCCAAUUAUAGCAAUGCAGAUGCAUCUGCCAGUGCACCAGCUGAUGGUGAAGUGAACGCUGGAAUGACAGAUGCGAUACCCGCUGCCGCUGGAGCCCAUGUCGAAAACGCAAAGGGUAUCGUUCAAGCAGAGACAAACAAAGUUUCAAGUCAAGCAUUGCCCAUGAUGUUCACGAGAAGGCCAUCUCAGGACCCCGUGCUUCUUCCGGAAUAUAGGUACUGUUAUAAAGAGGGCUUUGUAAAGCCUCCGCGAGCGCAUCAUUGUCGUGCAUGUGGAACCUGCGUCCUCAGAUAUGAUCACCACUGUCCAUGGAUUGGUCAGUGUGUGGGUGCCCGCAACCAUAGAUUUUUCGUGAUCUUCAUAGAAUGGGGUCUACUAUUCUGCCUGUGGACGUUCUCUACAACUAUGGCAGAGGUUAUCAGGUCUGGUACACGAUUUAGUACCGUGGAUCCUCAGAUAAUCGUCAUUAUCGCGCUGUCAGCACUCUUUGCUUUCUUCACGAGUGCACUGUUGGGAUCGCACGCCAUCUUGAUCUUGCGCAACUUGACUACCGUUGAGUCGCUCAGCAUGCAACGGAUGAAGGAACAGGAGGACAGGGUUCUGGCACGCUUGUAUGCCUGGCACCAAUUCGGAGCGAAGAGACGCCAGAGAAAACAGUGGGAUCAGGAGUGGGGCGAAAUUGGCACUGAAGGGAACCUGUGGUGGCUCGGUAGCUACCGGAAGAACUGGGAGUCAGUAAUGGGACAUCACGUCUGGGAAUGGUUCCUGCCGAUUGGACGGAGCCCUCAGGAUGGCUUGACGUAUCCGACGAAUCCGCGAUUCGAUGCUGAAGGGCGCUGGAGGCCACGUAGCGAGUGGCCACGCGAGUUGCAGUAGCUACGGCUUGUUCAAGUUGAAGAGACCGCGGCGCUGAUCUAUAUAAGUACUAUCCGCAAGCUCACGCUAUCUUUUUGCUUUCUCUCGUUUUUGGGACAAUAUAGCUGCCGAUCAUUGUAUUGAUACAGGUCGCACUACAUAUAGCUUCACGAUGUAUUCAUACCAUCGCAUCAUCAUGCUUUCGGACAUAGCAGUGCUUUUGGUGGAUUAGCAGAGGCUCGACCGCCUAAAUGCCA